GAUCGCAGCAGAAGGCCCAGAUCGGUGGCCCAGUUUUGUGUGCGCCUGUUUAACGAGUUGGCGAAUAGUGCCGCUUCAAAGUGUUAAGAACUCCGUCGUUGGAGUACACACUUGCACUAUAAGAACAGCUUCCGGCACGCCAAAUUCUGUUGAGCGGGUGCAAGUCGUGCCGGUUGCACCGACACGCUUGAAUUUCCGGGCGCUCGCCUUCGCGCGGAGUUGGCACCGACGCAGCACCGGCGAUGGGUCUGCUGUCGCUGUUGCGUAAGCUGCGACCGGCGCAGGAGCGUGAGGUGCGCCUCCUGCUGCUGGGGCUCGACAACGCCGGUAAGACGACUCUGCUGAAGGCGCUCGCUUCGGAAGACAUCACGCAGAUCACGCCCACGCAGGGCUUCAACAUCAAGUCGGUGUUGUCAGAGGGCUUCAAGCUCAACGUGUGGGACAUCGGUGGUCAACGCAAGAUCCGACCCUACUGGCGCAACUACUUUGACAACACGGACGUUCUGAUCUACGUGAUCGACAGCGCCGACCGCAAGCGGUUCGACGAGACGGGCCAGGAGCUGGCCGAGCUGCUGGCCGAAGACAAGCUGGUGGGUGUGCCUGUGCUCAUCUUCGCAAACAAGCAGGACCUCUUCAACUCAGCGCCUGCCUCCGAGAUAGCCGAGUCGCUCGGGCUGCACGUGAUCCGCGACCGCGAGUGGCAGAUCCAGGGCUGCUCGGCCUCCUCCAACGAGGGCGUUAAGGAGGGUAUGGAGUGGGUCUGUAAGAGCAUAAAGCGUAAGUAGUGGUGACCACCGCCAGCCGCCUCCGUCCACUGGUUCCUCCUCCGUGCCGUCUGCCGUCUCUGCCCGCUGCGGUCUCCCGAUACCGAAUGUCGUCCCGUGAUCUCCCGACACCGGAUGUCAUCCCGUGAUCUCCCGACACCGGAUGUCAUCCCGUGAUCUCCCGACACCGGAUGUCGUCCCGUGAUCUCCCAACACCGGAUGUCGUCCCGUGAUCUCCCGACACCGGAUGUCAUCCCGUGAUCUCCCGACACCGGAUCUCGUCCCGUGAUCUCCCGACACCGGAUGUCGUCCCGUGAUCUCCCAACACUGGAUGUCGUCCCGUGAUCUCCCAACACUGGAUCUCGUCUCUGCCCGCGGUCUCCCGACACUCGGUGUCGUCUCCGUCCGCGGUCUGCUGUCACUCACCUAUCGCCUUCGCCCGCGGCUUCCCAGCACCUGAUGUUGAGCCUGCCUCUUAGUAUUCUGAGACUGUGCGGUGUCCGCGAUCUGCACCGGGUGGCGUCGUCCAUCACAGGAAUACCAGGUGGAUGUGUGAGCUUCGGGUCUUGCUUUGUGUGCUCUGGGGUGUCACAGGGUUGUGCAGUAGGGCUCUUUUGGGUGGCGAGGAUAGUCAUUGAGUCGGCUCACAGUGUCUGUUGUAUGUCCAG